AUGGAGUCGGCGACUGGGAGUCUACGAAUCCUCAAACUCGAAAUGCCGGCGAUUUUAAGGCUUUUCUUGUCCCCGAUAUCAAAGAAGAACUAUGCCAAUCGCCAACCACUGCUCGCAGCACUUGGCCGUCGUCAGUUUUCCGAUUACGCCGACGAUUAUGCCAAGAGAAACUAUGCCAACAAUGUGUCUGAAUACAAUACCGUCAUUGGAUCUCUUACUUCUCAAAGAAGGUUGAAGGAGCCAUGGAACACUGGUACAUCUACUAUUCUUGUUAUAAUGGCACAGACCAGGCUUCUGGAGCUUAUAUCUUCCGUCUUAAUGCCACAUGUCCAAUAA